AGCGAGGCGGGGAUUGAUGGGCGCAGCUGCGGCGGCCGGGAGUCCCGGGGGGCCCCCAGCGCUCACACGCCCACCGGACGGCGCCGGGGAGGAGAGGAGCCGCGCGGGUCCCGCCGCUGCCGAUCCUUGGUGGUAGACUAAAGCACUGUUAAGUAACACCAGCUGCCUGCAAUUACUGCAAGUUCAAAUCUCACCAGGCUCAAGGUUGACUCAGCCUUCCAUCCUUCCGAGAAGAAGGAGCUAGAGAAGAAAGAACAAACAGGACCAGAACGGGCAGAAGAACCAAACAUUGGAGCAGUUGAACCUUAAUUUACAUCCAAGAGACAAGAUAAGUGAGCAUCACCUUGGAUCAAGGGAGACCCAUUCAUUGGGAUGGAAGCGCGCUGGGAAACGCAAUGGCAGCAGUUCCUCAAGACGCUUCAACCCUCUCAUUCCAGAGAAGGAAAUCCAACAAGAUCAAGGAAUUCUCCCUGGGAAGAUCCCAAGGCCUUCUUAGCCUCCUUCGAACAGGUGGCCAGAGCCUGCCGGUGGCCCAGAGGAGAGUGGGUAGCCCAUCUCUUGCCAGCCCUUUGUGGAGAAGCUGAAGAGGCCUUUCGUUGCCUGGACACCAUUCAUCAAGGGGAUUACGAGAACGUGAAGGCGGCCAUCUUGAAAGGGGAAGCGGUGAAAACGGAGGCCCGGCGUCAGCGCUUCAGGCAGUUCUGCUGCCAGGAGGUGGAAGAUCCUCGGGUGGUUUACAAGCAGAUCCAGGAACUUUGCCACCAGUGGUUGAAGCCAGAGAGACAUACCAAAGAGCAGAUCCUGGAGUUGCUGAUCCUGGAACAGUUCUUGGCCAGCUUGCCUCCAAAGCUCCAGAGCUGGAUUCAACCCAGGAAGCCGGACACGUGUUCCCAGGCCGUGGCCCUGGUGGAGGACUUCCUGCAGAGUCAACAAGGAACCAAAUCUGAAGGCCGUCCGGGCCCCCAAAAUGAAGAACUGGCUGAUUUUGAACCAGCGGAGAAGGAGCCCUUGGAGACGGUCAAGAGAGAAAACAUUGAAGUGGAGAUCAAAGUGCCAGGCAAUGGAACUAAAUCCCCAAAUCACAUCAGCUCGUUGCCUCCUCUGGAAGGACUUGGAGUGGUCCAAACUGGAUUGAAAGAGGAACUGAUGGACCUCAAAGAAACAGACGUGCGUUUGCAGGCAGCCAAGCAGAGGUUGACCCACGCAGGCCACCAGAGCAUAGCCUGGCAGGUCCUACAGGAAGAACGUCCAAACAUAGGUUGUUUAAGUGAGGAUGGUGACCAAAGGGAGAAUAGGUUUAAAGUAGAGAAUUUUCAGGGUGGAGAAGAUCCAGACGAGAUAGGCGGGAGGAACCCCCCAAUAAGCCCUGAGACUCUGCCAUUAAAAGCUGAGAUGGAAGAAGAAAGCUGUGAAUCCAGUCAGCAGAGAUGGAGGCCACCGCUGGAAAUUGAGAAUACAGGCAACACGCUUGAAAAGGAUCUUACUACUGUUGUUACAGAAAAAACCAACAAAGGUAAAGUGUCCAUCUUCUCCCAAUAUGAUAGAAGAUACCUCUACCAGGUAGAACUGAAUCCAAUACCUCCUACAGAGAAAUUGGACCAAUGUCCUCAGAGAUUUGAGGACAGCUACCAGCGUACUUCAAACAUGAAUCAAGAGGAGAAAGACAUAAGUGAACAAAGGGUUGAAAUCUCCGAGAAUGGAACAGGGAAUAACACGAACGCUUAUCUGAGUAACAAUCUCGGAGAAACACAUAACAAUUCUCCUGAAUCUGGGAAAACCUUGACUAACCCAAACUCACUAAGCAGAUUUCCGGUGUGCAAUCCCGAAGAGGAAUGGUACGAAUGUUCUCACUGUGGGAAGGGCUUCAACAAGGCCAAAUAUUGGAAGCAGCACCAGAAAAUUCACACCGGGGAGAAGCCGUACAAAUGUCUACAGUGUGGAAAGUGUUUCAACCAGUCGGGAAAUCUGAAGACCCACCAAAGGAUUCACACCGGCGAAAGACCUUACAAAUGUUCCCAGUGUGGGAAAUGCUUCAGUCACACCAACUGUUUGAAGAUGCACCAGAGGAUUCACACCGGGGAGACCUACAAAUGCACUCAGUGUGGGAAAUGCUUCAGAGAGACGGGGAUUUUGAAGAGACAUCAACGAACUCACACUCGGGAGAGACCCUACAAAUGUUCCCAGUGUGGAAAAUGUUUCAGCCUGUCGGGAAUCCUGAAGAGACAUCAAAGAACCCACACGGGUGAAAGGCCCUACAAAUGUUCUCAGUGUGGGAAGGGCUUCAAUCAGAUGGGAACGUUGAAGAAACACCAGCGAAUCCACACAGGAGAGAAGCCUUACAAAUGUUCUCACUGCCAGAAAUGCUUCAACGAGAGAGGAAAUUUGAAGAGGCAUCAGAGAAUCCAUGCCAGAGAGAGCCUUAAUAUCAUUCAAGAAUUCAUAUUGGAAAACGACCACAUCAAUGUUAUCAAGGUGGGAAAGACUUCUACAGAGCAAGAAUUCUAAAGUGACAUUAAAAAAAAAAAUCAUGCUAGAGGGACACGCUUAGUGCAUUCUUACUAAGAAAUUUCUAGGACAAGGGUCUCCAAACUUGGCAACUUUAAGACUUAAGGAAUUGGAGGCUAAAACACAUAAGGAACGGUUUCAGGAAUUGAGUAUGUCUAGUGUCAAGGUUCCAUGUAAUAGCUCUAGAAUAAAAAGGACACCGAGGCAGUUUAAUUCCACAAAGAACUGGUUUAUUGGAAAUAUGUUGGCACAGGCUGGUGAAAACCAACUCUGAAUAUUCCCACAGUUUUCACCAAGUUAACAGUAAAGGUUUUUCCCCUUCCCCAGUCAGUCAGUCACAUGGCCCAAUCAUCGUGUCAUCUGGAUGCGUGGUAACGUCACUCCGCCUCUUUUCGACCACCUGAGGGAAUGUCCUUGAUUCCCAGGAGAAAAUAUUUUGUUUUGAUUACAAACCCUCUAUCUCUAUUCCCCCCUCCCUAAUCCUCAACUCCAGUGUAGCAACCCUUAAGCCCAGAAAAUGGCCUCGCUCAGGCCAGCUUCAGGGUUGACAUCUAGUUUAAUGAAAAGAAGGACUAGGGGUGACAUGAUAGCAGUCUUCCAAUAUCUCAGGGGUUGCCACAAAGAAGAGGGAGUCAAGCUAUUCUCCAAAGCACCUGAAGGCAGGACAAGAAACAAUGGGUGGAAACUAAUCAAGGGGAGAAGCAACCUAGAACUGAGGAGAAAUUUCCUGAUAGAACAAUUAAUCAGUGGAACAGUUUGCCUUCAGAAGUCGUGGGUACUCCAACACUAGACAUUUUAAAGAAGACAUUGGACAGCCAUUUGUCUGAAGUGGUAUAGAGUUUCCUAUCCAAGCAGGCGGUUGGACUAGAAGAUCUCCUAGGUCCCUUCCAGAACUUUAGCUUCUGGUGCUAAUAUGGCUUCCAAAGCUUGUUAUUCUGUUAUUUAUGGCUGGCUGGAGAAUUCUGGGAGUUGAAGUCCACAAGUCUUAAAGUUGCCAUGUUUGAAGACUCCUGGUCUAGAAGAUAACUCGGACAGCCCCUAAAGAUUUCCACAUUUAUUUAUAAGGAAAAAUCCUAGCAUUGGGAGUAAAUUGUUAAAUAAUUGGAUCAAUUAUCCAGAAUGGUGGUGGAUUCCUUUUCACUGAUUUGAUCCUGUAGCAGCUGGCAGAAUAUCUGCGAUGGAUUAUUUCAACUUGGAUUCCUGUACAGUAGUGGGAUUGGAUUUGAUCACUCUUUCUCCAUUUUUCUAUGAUCGUAUACCAGAGAUACAUUAUAUAAAUAUUCUCAGUGAAAUACUUACGAAGCAGAAGUGGGGGCACAUCUGACAUAGAAUCUGUCCAGAAAAUAAAGAUUCAAAUACGUGAAAUCAAAUACUUCUGUGCCACAAACUGUACAAGGAGGUUUCUGCAGAUACCCCUUGUCUGAGCUGGUUGUGUUUCUCCAUCAUCUUGCUCAAUAAAAACCAACCUUUCAUUUUAUACUAUUUGUAUAGACAUUUAUGAGAUAGGAAAUAAACAGUAAUGAAAACUGUCUGAA